AUUGUGGUCAUAUGUUAAUAUUAGUUUUACUGUUUCGAGUUGGGACUAGACCGGGAAAGAUCGACGACGCCGCGUUGUCUAAACGCGACGAAAAUUUGAAAUUUUGAAAAAAACAUAUUUGUAUAUUCGUAUAUAUGCGUAUGUAUGUAUUUAUAUCUAAAAUUAAUAUAAGUGUGAGAAGAGAAGAGGAAAGGAACAAAAAAAAAUUAAAUAAAAUAUCUUUAUGAUUUUAAAAGUGUGACGUAUUGCUAGAAAAGAAAAAAAAUUCAAAAAGAAAAACCAAAAAUAUCCAAAAGGAAAAAUCAAAAAAAUUAUUUUUAUAAAUUUUCUCUUAUACGUUAAGUAACCAUGGGACGGCUAUCACUGUGGGUCCUAUUUGGUUUAGUCCUAUUUGCCGUCUCGUUUAACGACGCACAAGUGAGCGCAGAGGUCGGCCCAACAGAGUCACAAUGCAAACCAUAUAUUGAAAAAGCUAUAAAGGAACUUCAAAGCGAAAAAGAUGGUGAUGACGACGAUGGUCCUCCAAGUGGAGAAACUAUUGGUGGAAGUACAGAAGAUGAGGGAGCAGCUGAUGAUGAUGGUGUAGAUUCUAAAGAAGAUCAUGAAGCAGAUGAAAAUGAUGAUGAAGAGCAGAACGAAAGUGGUGACGUUAAAACGGUUGAAGUAGAAGACGAUGAUGAUGGUGGAGACAGCAAACUUGCUGAUGAUGAUAACGAUGAUGAAACUGAAGCUAAAGAUGAAGACGAUAAUGGAACUAAGGAAGAAACAGAUGAUGAUACCACUGCUGAAAAGAACGACGAUGAAGAGGAUGAAGCAACAACAAAGGAAGAAGACAAUGAACAAGAUGAUAUAAAGUCAGAAGAAGCCGCUGAAGAAAAAUCUGGAGAAAACCAAGAAGACGAAGACGAUGGGGAUAAAGAUGACACAACACAAGAAAAAGGCGAUGAUGAAGAUGAUCAUGAUGAUGAAGAUACCACACAAGAAAAAAUUGAUGAUAAUGAUGAUGAUGAUGACAAAGAUGAAAAUGUUACACAUGAACAAGAAGGUGACGAAGAUGAUCAAAAAUCAACCGAAGGCAAGGCUGAUGAUGAAGAUGAUGAUGACGAUGAUCAACAGAAAUCAACUGAAGCUGCGACUGACGAUGAAGAUGACGAUAAAGACGAUGAUGUAAAAGAUGACACUAAAGAAGAAGUCGAUGAUAUGAAAUCAGAGGCUGAUGAUGACGAAGAUAAAACCAAGGAAAAGACUGAUGCUGAUGAAGAUGAGGAUGCUACAAAAGAAAAGGUAGAUGAAGAGGAUGAUGGAACAAAAGAAAAAGAUGAUGAUGAAGAGGAAGAAGACGCAACAAAGGAAAAAGAUGAUGAUGAACAAGACGAUGACGAAGAUACCACUAAAGAAAAAGAGGGUGAAGAUGAUGAACAUAAGGAUGAGGCAAGCAAGGAAACAGCCGUAGCCGAAGAUGAGGAAAGUCUGGAAGCGAAGGAUGAAGAAAGCAAAGAACAAGUUAAAGAUGAAGAAAGUAAAGAAGCUGAAGAAGAACAUAUAACAAGCAGAAUAAAGAGAAGUGUAGGUGCAGGACCUGAAGAAGAUGAUACUACCCAAGAAAAAACUGACGAUGAUGAUGGCGAUGAUGAAGAAGCUUCUAAAGAGAAAGACGAUGAAGGUGAAGAGGAAGAUGAAGAAGAUGAUGGAGAAAGUAAAGAAACUCGCCCAGAAGACGAUCUCCUUUUGGAAGCUGAAAUUCCGGAACAUCCCCGAGAUCGUAGUCAUAUUAAUGAAUUGCUUCACUUAGAUGAUGAAUACGAAGAACAGGAGCAUGCUUUAGAUAAUGUUGCUGAAGUUAUUUUACGUGACAUUAAGCGCAUCUACGAAAAUGCUGUUAAACCAUUAGAAACUCUUUACAAAUACCGUGACUUAAGCAAUCGACAUUUUUCAGACCCAGAAAUUUUUUCAAAACCCCUAAUAUUAUUUAUGGGGCCAUGGAGUGGUGGAAAAUCUUCAAUCAUUAAUUAUUUAACUGAUAAUGAAUUUAAAUCAAAUUCCCUUCGAACCGGCGCAGAACCGUCACCAGCUUAUUUCAAUAUUCUAAUGUGGGGCAAUGAAACUGAAGUUUUAGAUGGUACACAACUGGCAGCUGACUACACAUUCUCUGGAUUGCAAAAAUUCGGUCAAGGUUUAGAAGAGCGUCUUCGUGGAUUAAAAAUGCCGAAUCCACUCUUAGAAAAGGUUAAUAUUGUUGAAAUUCCUGGAAUUUUAGAAGUUCGUAAACAAGUCUCCAGACUAUUUCCAUUCAAUGACGCUUGCCAAUGGUUUAUUGAUCGAGCUGACAUUAUAUUUUUAAUAUAUGAUCCAGCUAAACUUGAUGUUGGUCCUGAAACUGAAGCAAUAUUAGAUCAAUUAAAGGGACGUGAAUAUCAAACAAGAAUAUUAUUGAAUAAAGCUGAUACAAUUCAUCCUGAUGAAUUAUUGCGAGUUCAGAGUGCAUUAAUAUGGAAUAUUUCACCUUUAAUGUCAUCAGCUCAACCACCAGUUAUGUAUACAACAUCAUUGUGGUCACAUCCAUAUGAACCAAAUUCGCCAGUACGUUUAUUGCAAGCGCAAGAGCGUGCAUUUUUAAGGGACUUAAGAACUGCAAUUGAGAAAAGAAUUGAAAAUAGAAUUGCAAGUGCGCGUCGUUUUGCUGUUCGCGUUCGUAAUCAUGCCAAAAUGGUUGAUUGCUACUUAAAUACAUAUUAUAAUCAUAAAACUAUAUUUGGAAACAAAAAGAAAAUAUCCGAUCAAAUCAUUGAAAAUCCACAAAACUACCACAUUUAUGAAGGGUUAUCAACAUUAACAAAUAUAUCACGUUAUGAUUUACCAGAUCCAGAUGUUUAUCGUGAUUUCUUCCGUUUAAAUCCAUUAUAUGAAUUUAAAAAAUUGUCAGAAACAUGUACAUACUUCCGUGGAUGUCCCAUACAAAAAUUAGAUGUUGCCAUUGCUUACGAUUUACCUGAAUUAGUUGGAAAAUAUAAGAAAAUGGCUGAACAAACAUUGAAUAAGCUCGACUCAACUUCACAUGAUAACGAUCGUACCAGUAAAAGUUGAGAAUAAAUAAAUACACAUAUAUAUAUAUAUACAUAUAUAAUAUGUAUAUAUAUUAAAAUAACCAAUAUUAAAAUAAUUAAUUUAAAGAUAAACUCCAUAAAAUUAACAGCUUAAAAAAUAUAGACAAAAAUUAUAAAAAAAAAUAGUAAAUAAACUAUUAAAUAUUUGAAUAUUAUUAAACCGUUUUUAAAAACUAGACAAAGAAUUAACACCUUUAUAGAAAAAUCAAUAUUUAAUUUAACCUCUGUGAUAGCCAACAACAAGCACAGAUAUGUAUGUACAUAAGCACACCAACGCAUAUAUUUAAAACCGUACAAUUUAAAUUUCAAUAUUAUUAAAUCAUAAUUUUAUUAAAUUUUAUAAUUUAAA